GCGACUCGGGGACCGCGGGCUGAGGGAACGGGGCCCGGGCCUGAGCUCGAGGCCCGGGCACCCAGCACCGCCGCCCGCCUGCCCCAGGAUGGACGAGGCCGGCCUGGAGACAGCCCUGCAGACCUAUUAUGUGCAAUUGCAGCAGGUGGAGCUGGCCCUGGGCACCGGCCUGGACACUUCGGAGCAGGCCGACCUGCGCCAGCUGCAGGGGGACCUGAGGGAACUGAUCGAGCUAACCGAGGCCAGCCUGGUGUCUGUCCGGAAGAGCAAGCUGCUGACCGCGUUGGACCCCGAGCGCCCGGCCCAGGAGCAAGCUGAGGGCCUGGCCUCCCAGGACUCGGCUGCCCCCGUGGUGGAGGUACCAGACGCCCCCUCAGCCAAAUGGGAGACCGACUCCAGAGCAGAGACAGAGCCUGGGCGCCAGAGCCUAGAGCAGGAGGAGGAAGAGGGGGACGAUGAUGAGGAUGAUGAACUGAGUGGGACCAAGGUGAACGCCCCAUACUACAGCUCGUGGGGCACCCUGGAGUACCACAAUGCCAUGAUUGUGGGCACAGAGCAGGUGGAGGAUGGCUCGCCGGCAGUGAGGGUGCUGUACCUGUACCCCACGCACAAGUCCCUGAAGCCUUGCCCCUUCUUCCUGGAAGGGAAGUGCCGCUUCAAGGAGAACUGCAGGUUCUCACACGGGCAGGUGGUGUCCAUGGCCGAGCUUCGUCCCUUCCAAGCCCCGGACCUGAGCUCCUUGCAGGCGGGUUCUGCCUGUCUGGCCAAGCACCAGGAUGGCCUGUGGCACCCUGCACGCAUCACCGAUGUGGACAACGGCUUCUAUACUGUCAAGUUUGACUCGCUGCUGCUGAAGGAGGUCGUGGUGGAGGGGGAUGGCGUGCUGCCACCUCUACGCAUGGAGCCUGCCAAGUCUUCUGACUCCGAAGAUGGCAGUGAUGCUGACGACGCAAGCUAUGCUCGAGUUGUGGACGCUGGACCUGCAGCAGACGGGACGUAUAGUGCGGCCUUCGCUGGCUGGGAGGUGCACACUCGCGGCAUAGGCUCUAGGCUCCUCACCAAGAUGGGCUACGAGCCAGGGAAGGGGCUAGGUCGAAACUCACAGGGCCGGGUGGAGCCCAUCCAGACCGUGGUGCUGCCCCGAGGGAAGUCCCUGGACCAGUGUGCCGAGGCCCGCCAGAGGAGAGUGAGAGGCAACAAGGUGGUCACCCAAAAGCCCCCCAAGCCCCGGAAGAAGGGCACCACUCCCACGGGCCGCCCUCCCCCCCGGAAUGUGUUUGACUUUCUGAAUGAGAAGCUACAGGCCAGGGCCCCUGGGGCCCUGCAAGCCGGGGGAGUGCCCCCAGGGCCACGCGGCGGCAAGGAAGCCUACCACGCCAGCCAGAGCACCAAGCGGGCCCUGAGCCUGCAGCUAGUCCAGACUGGGGAGCAGAUCGGACGGGCUCAGCGGGACAUUCAGGCCAUCCAGGAGGCCAUCGCUCGCAACUCUGGCAGGCAAACCGUAGCAGUGGCCCAGCUGCAGGAGAAGCUGGCAGGCGCCCAGCGCCAACUGGGGCAGCUCCGGGCCCAGGAGGCGGGACUGCAGCGCCAGCAGCGGAAGGCAGACACCCACAAGAAGAUGACUGAGUUCUAGCACCAGCCUCUGGCGGAGUCAGACUGCCCAGAAGAGGGGCUGCUGUUUCCUACUGGGCACCUUGCCUCUCUGACCACGACCGAGGAGAUUGCCCUCUGGACUCUUCCGAACACAUUGCCAGUGUCAUCGGGGCCCUGGAGCCGGGACAUUAAAGUGGUUUUAUGACUUGU